UUUUGUUGUAAAAGAAAGAUGGCGGCCAACUCCGAAUUCCCUCGAAGUUACAAUCGAUGGAUAAAACUAAUGACCUCAAUAUUUUUCAUACAUUAAGGAGUUCGCUGUUAUUAAAAGGAUAAUCGCACUUUACAAGCUUAGCUAGAGGUAAGUUAUCGAAGGAAGUAAAGUCGCUUAACUCCUUGCAUUUCUCGGUAAUCGAUUUGAAAUUAAAAGCUUAAGCUUCCCUUUCUUUCUAAAUGAAAGGCUUUGCGGAUCGGUAUUUCUUUCCAAAGCUAUUCUCUUUUUUGUUUUAAAAGCGUCGUGAAUCCUUCAAUGGAGCAUCUUGCUGUUAAUAUUAGUUUUUAUCUGGUUUUCAGCGAUACGAAUUCUGAUUACAAGUUAAGCUUACGUGAACGAAAAUUAUAGCUUUAUUUUUUAUAUUCUGGACAAUUUGGAUAUCAAUGUUUACAGAAUUAUUUAAGUCGAGUGAUAAGUUUACGGUUGUUUCUAAGCCGAUGAAAACUAUAGCAAUUUUACAUCUCAGUUAGGGGUUAAACAAUCUGUUUACUAUAAUUUAUUUUGAUAUCUCCACCAGAAUGGGGUAUGAUGUGGGAAGAUUCACUAGUUCAGUUGAUGAGGAGCUCAUCUGUACGAUCUGUGGAGGAGUACUCGAAGAUCCUCUACAGGCUCCAGCUUGUGAACAUGCAUUCUGUGCUGCUUGUAUUCACGAGUGGCUAAAUCACCAACAAACCUGUCCUGUUGAUCGACGUAACCUUACUCCACAUCAACUCAAGCAAGUACCAAGGAUUCUAAAGAACUUGCUGUCAAAGCUGACCAUCCAGUGUGAGAAUGCCAUGUUUGGUUGCGAAGGUGUGGUGCGGCUUGACCAGCUUCAGUCACAUUUGUCCCAGUGUGAACACAAUCCAAAAAGACCAGUCAAUUGUGAACAAGGCUGUGGAUUGGUGGUUCCAUUUGAUGAGAUGCCCCAGCAUAAUUGCGUUCGUGAAUUAAAUAACUUAAUUCAAAAUCAAAAUUUCAAAUUAGCCCAAUUGCAAGCCCAGAUUGAUGACCAACGUCAGCAGCUCAAUGAACAAAAACGUGAAAUCCAAUCUCUUAAGGAUAUGAUCCGAGCUAUGAGGGUAAUCAACUUACCACACGCACUGCCUCUGUUGCCUAGUAACCUCCAACAACCUGAUCACUAUGACAACGAAGUUCAUCAGUGGUUGGUUGGGUUACAGUCAGCAAGGGUGACCCGGUGGGGCGGAAUGAUAUCAACUCCAGAUGCAGUUCUGCAAGCAGUUAUUCGCCGAGCCCUAGCUGAUAGUGGGUGCCCACCAACAAUUUUAAAUGAACUGAUGGAGAAUGCUCAUGAGCGUAAAUGGCCACCAGGUCUGAGUACUCUUGAAACACGGCAGUUAAAUCGCAGACGUUAUGAACAGUAUGUUUGUAAAAGAAUUCCUGGAAAACAGGCUGUAGUGAUUAUGGCCUGCGAAAAUGAACACAUGGGAGAAUCAAUGACCUUGGAACCAGGCUUGGUUAUGAUCUUUGCUCACGGGAUUGAAUGAUAUAUGUCAUCCCUUAUACUCAAGAAAUUUUGAAGCUAAAUAUUUUGAAAAAUAAUAGUUAAGUCUGAAUUCCCUUUUUUCUGACAAGCAGAAAGAAAAUUUUUACUAUUUAAGUAGUUUACAUCUAACACAAAUAAUUUGUCAAGUGUGGCUUAUUUCAGUAGUAAAUUUCCAAUGGACAGUUUCGUUUGAGUGCUAGAUAUCCCAGCUUUAGAUCCUAGAAGUGUACAUGAGUCUAAUUUCUCCAAUUCCAGUGGGGUCUGGGAGGGUGGCAAGCCAUUUCUGUGUGUAAGUUUUUUUCACUGGACUGCUGUAAUCAAUCUAAAUAACAAACAAGUACAUCCUUUGGUUAACUAUUAUAGGGUAUCAGAAUUCAUUUUGUAUAUAUGUUAGCAACAAAAUGACAACAUUGAAACUCUGAAAAUUAACUAAAAUAGUGCUAAGGAAAAUUUAAAACGUUUCUGCACAAUGAUGCCAAAAUCCUUCUUUGAGGUACUAGAAGAUCAAAAUACUUUACUCUUUUGGAGAACAUUAGUGAGGCGCUUUUAGGAUAAAAUACUGACAAGUGACACGGCCUUGAAACAGUGACAUAAGACUUGAUGAAAUGCUGACAAACAUAAUGGGAUUUUUCUUUUCUUGAUUAUAAAUUUGUUGUAGAAUGUAAUCACUGU